GGCGGGAGUCGCGUUGCGGUGGGCGCGUGAGGGCGAGAGGGCGGCGCGCGCGCUCCAGUCCGUACCGCGCUCCGUCUGCAACAACUGUCCACAGUGGACUUUACAGAAAACGAUUCGAACGAACAACUCUGCAAACACUGUUUAAAAUACGUCCGGAACCAAACUGAAGUUACCUCAUUAUUUUUAAACGCCAGUUCAAUAUGUGAAAUAGUUUGUGUAAACUUAUUUAUUGUGAAAACGGUUCUGAGAGCAAAGUUUUUUUUUCGAACAAUAUUAUUUUUUUAAUUCAAUAGGAUAGUAAUGGAUUUGCUAUAAGUUUAGAAUGGCUGAGAAAUUAAACGAGUAUCAAGGUUUUACGGGGCGGUUACAUAAUGUCAGAGAUAGAUACCGGGAGAGAUGGAGCCAAUGGAAGGAACAGCAUCCUCGGGGUGUAAGGGACGUACUCAAGGAGACAUUAUUCGGGAUACCCAAUUCAGAAGAACCUCCGGAAAGGGUAUGGCAGGACAGUGAAUACAGCGAUCUGUUCAGGAGAAAAAGCCGCAUCGAACUGAUGAGAAUAUCAGCAGCAGUGAUGGGAAUUGAAUUUUCAUAUGCCGGCGAGACUGCGUUCGUGUCUCCAACACUGCUGCAGAUCGGUGUGCCGCAUCAUCAGAUGACUAUGGUGUGGGCACUGUCACCACUCAUCGGUUUCUUCAUGACUCCGCUCUUGGGCUCUUUGAGCGACAGAUGCAAGUCUAGAUUCGGGAGACGGAGACCAUUCAUUGUACUGAUGUCUUUUGGAGUGUUAUUAGGUCUUAUUUUAGUACCAAACGGUGAAGCAAUAGGCUAUGCACUCGGCGAUGAACGUCCAAUCAACCGAACUGAAAUACCUUCAGCGUUGGGACCAAGAAGCUCAGUCCUAGAGAAUCAGGGGUCCAAUUACCACCCAUGGGGUGUAUUAUUUACUGUACUCGGCACUGUCUUUUUAGAUUUCGACGCUGACGCAUGCCAGAGCCCUGCCCGCGCUUAUCUCCUUGAUGUGACAGUACCAGAGGAUCAUGCAAAAGGAUUGAGUACAUUCACAGUAAUGGCUGGCCUUGGAGGGUUUAUGGGUUAUGCACUUGGCGGGAUCAAUUGGGAUGAAACCAGAUUAGGAGAAUUAUUCGGUGGACACGUAAGGGCAGUAUUUUCGCUUAUAACGAUCAUAUUCAUAGUAUGCGUGACUGCAACCGUGACGAGUUUCAAGGAGAUCCCAUUGAAUCAAUUGAACGAACAGGAUGAGUUCAGGAAACUUGCCCAGGAUGAACGCGACCAGGAGAGCUUCGACACGGAAGAUCCGGGUCUCGAGAAAAAUAACCUGAAGAAGGACAAUACAACAUAUGGAUCUUUCAAUCGGCAAGAGACAAUCGGCAUGAACGUCACAGAGGGAGCCCAUGGAGGGAAGCCACUCUCACUCCAACACUAUCUCAAGUCGAUCGUUCUAAUGCCAAAUUCUUUGCGCAUCGUGUGCCUCACGAACUUAUUUUGCUGGAUGGCCCACGUCUGCUACUCUCUCUAUUUCACCGACUUCGUCGGAGAAGCUGUAUUCGGUGGAAAUCCUGCGGCGUCCGUUGGCAGCGAAAGUCGUAGUGAGUACGAAGCUGGAGUACGCUUUGGAUGCUGGGGUAUGGCUAUGUAUUCUCUAUCCUGCGCAUGCUACUCCACUGUCAUCGAAAAACUCAUCAAGAGGCUUGGAGCCAAACGCGUGUACGUGGGUGGGCUGUGCACGUACAGCUGCGGCAUGUUUAUACUGAGUAUGGUGCGUGCCCGCGCCGCCGUCCUGCUAUGCAGCUGGACAGCCGGCGUCAUGUAUUCCACACUCUUCACUAUGCCCUACCUCCUUGUUGCGCACUAUCAUGCCACUGGAAUGUGGGAUAGUUCAGGCGGCAGCGUUGCGGUGCGAGGUAUCGGCACCGACGUAGCCGUGGUGAGCAGCUGUGUGUUCGUGGCACAGCCACUGGUGUCAGUAGCAGCGGGGGCUGCAGUCCGAGCUGCUGGUACCACCACCGCUGUCGUCGCUGUAGCCGCUGGACUCGCCGCCGCUGCAGCGCUCACUGCUACAAAAAUCACUUAUUUAGAUCUAUAAGUCAAGUGUAAGAAGAUUACCUAUUAGAUGGAGCGAUAACAUCAAUUGAUGCGUACCUUAUGUCAGUUCAUGAGGGAGGCCUAUCUACCGUAGUAGCAAUAAUGACCUAGCUAGUGGUGUUAGUAGCGACGGGAUCUGCAGUCCGGGUUGCUGGUACCACCGCUGGACUCACCGCCAUUGUAGUACUUAUUGCUAUCAAAAUUAUUUAUUUAAAUCUAUAAUUCAAGUAUAAGAUGAAUAUCCGUAAAUUAUCUCAAAUGUGUUGCAGGGAAUCACUUGAGGUAGGUGGUUGAGGAUCCUACAAUUGUAGUAGUCUGUGAGGGAGGUUUAUGUUGAAAAUGUAUCUAACAACUGAAAUGAUGAUGAGCAAAAAAGAAUGAAGAUGUCGUUAGGGGCUACCUUAGACGAACAUAUGUUGGCCAAAGAGACGACAGGCUAAAGAAGCUCCAAAUUAAAAGUACACGUAACCGGCGAGCGUGUGUGAAGAGAUUGAUGAAUGUGUAGGAAGCGAAAGAGGCUUGUUUCAAUCGAAGUAUUUGGCAUUCCAUUGUUUCUGCCUACCCUAAUAAGAGACAGACGUGGUAGAUAUGCAUGCAUGUAUGUAUGUAAUGACAAUAAUGAUAAGUUCAUUUUAGAAAACAAUGGAUAGAAUAUAAAAUAAAUAGAAAAAGUAAACAAAAAUCUGGAAUUUGUCCAAUAAUUUAGGUGUUAUUUGUAAAUAACACGUAAAUUAUAAAAAUUUUUAAUUAUUAAUAAUUUUUAAUAUAAUUUUAUAAUAUAAAAGGUUAUACUAGAAAUGAUUAUUAAAGUGAAAGUGGCGCUCUCUAUCGUGAAGAAUUUAUACAUCACAUUAAUUACGCACUUAGGAAAAAAUAUGAUAUCCAACAGUAGUGUCGAAGAAAAAAGAAAUUACUUGAGAUUAUAUAACACUAAUGUUAUACGUAUAUGUACUAGGAAAAUUCUUUUCAAAUAUUAAAAUAACGAACAUAUUGUAAAUGAUCUCUAACUUGGUUUUUAUUAAUUUAUAAGGUUUUAUCUAUUGUGAUUUGUAUUAUCAACUUCUGUUCCACUACUUUAUGUCAUACAUAUCACUAUUUCACCAUACACAUUGCUUUAGCUGCAACAAUACUGUAUAGUUUAUAAAGCGUGGCAUCUAGACAUAAAAUUAAAAUUAGAGGCCAAUAUUCUGAACUGAGAAAAUUAUUCUUUGUCUUUUUAUUUUGUUACUAAAAGUAAUUUCCUUUUAUAUUUUUACUGUAACACUUUUUUAGUACAUUAAAUUAUUGUUUUACCUGUAAUUAAAAUUGACAGAUCAAUGUUUUAAUACUAUAUCUAAAUAAAAACAAAUCUACAGACAAGCAUGCAUGGUUAUUUAUUAGCCUAUGGAAUUUACUAGUUUUAUAUUUAUAUAUUUAAUUUAAAUUAAUUUACAUAAACAUAUAUUGAGAUUACAUAUAAUGCUCAAUAAUAACCAAAGUAACCAAAAUUUAAUUUUUGUUUCUAAUUCUUCGUUAUUUACAUAUUAAGUAGCAUGUAGAUUAAAUCUUUAACAGAUUUGAUCGAAUACAAAAACAUAUACAAUUAUAAAUUACAUUACUAUAUUGAAUAAUGGAAGACAGGAGUGACAUAUAUACAUAAUAUGUUUAUUGAAUAUUUAUAUAUUAAUUUAUAUUAAUAAUUAAUAAUUAAGUACAAUAGAGUCUAAUUGAUUCUAGCGUAAUUCCGAUACUGAUUUCAUAAAAUUCAUGUCGAAGUGUCUUCAAAAGAUUCACAUAAAAGAUAUUGCCAAUGAUAUUUUAUUUAUGAUAUCUAUAUUAGUAGGAUAAUAAGAUAAUAAUAAUAAGAUACUAUUUAUCAUGGGAGUGCCUCACACAAAAUCCUUUUGAAAGCACUUCCUUGUUUCAUUAAUUUACUAUUAAUGAAUAACUUUUAUAACAUCAGAGCGAAGGAAGUUUAGUAGUCAGAGACGCUUGAUUUUCAUAUAAAUUGAGUCUUACGUCGUCUAUCUCUAAUGUACUCGUAUGUCUGUGGGUGUUAUAUUUGUUAUAAUAAUUACUUACUAAGGAAAUAUUUAAUUGACAAUAAAACUGAUAAUAAUUGGCAUUUGUGUGAACAUAAUAGCGAAAAUCAUAUGGAAAAUGAAUGUAUUUUUCAUAAGUAUAUCUUAUUUAUUUGUUUGUUAUAAAAAGAGGACUUAAUGCUAUACAGCAUUCUCUCCCAGUUAAUCUUUGGCGUGAUUAUGCGGUGAACUAAUUAAAAUUGUUGUAGAUAAACAUAUAAGUAUUUUUUAAUAGUGGUUUAAACGAGAAAUAAAAAUAAAAAUAAUUUUUGUAUACAAAAUGGUUUAUGUAAGAUUUUAGUAAAACUACGUUCAUGUUAAAAUUGAUAUUU